CGGAGUGUCUUAUGGGCUGCCAAUGCUUUCAAAUUACGUUCUUCUGAUCAUCCUCAAGCUUUCAGGACCUUUUCAACACUUCCAAAUUUUGACUGAGGAGGUCCAAAAGAUAGCAUAAAGGGAGCAUGCGUAUAAUGUUGAAUAGUGGACUAUCAAAUGGAAGAUGUAACAGAAAUCUUGCAAGGAAGAGACAAAACCAAAUUGAAAAGUCAUCCCAUAUCACAUUAGGAGCAGGUAUUCAAGGGAAGACUGAAAGCAAAAUAUACAGUAAUCAGCACUCAAUCUUGGGAAUGAAUGUUUGUACACCAUGUAAUGUUGGUAGGAAGUGUUUCUUACAUUCUGGAAGCUCAAAGGAAGCUGAGAUGGGAAACAAUUCUAGGCCAAUGGACUUUGUUAGAGGACGUACGGAGGACCAUACAAGGUAUUUCCCAAGUGGUGCUCCACUUUCUAGGUAUCACAUCGAGCAGGAUGCUGAUAUUGUCCAUAUAAAGGUUCUUCGCAACAACGCCUUUGUAACUGUGACAGAUUCGAAAGGGAAUAAAAAGUUUGGAGCUAGUGCAGGUAAGCUAACAGGAAAAGGAGUGAAAGUUGCAAGAUACGCUGCUGAAUCAACUGCAGAACAUGUUGGCCGUGAAGCCAGAGACCGGGGCUUGGGGUCAGUGGUCGUGAAAGUAAAUGGCUUUACUUACUUUAAGAAAAAGAAGCAAGCAAUUCUAAGCUUCAGAGAGGGCUACACUCAUUCUCGUGGAGAUAAGAAUCCUGUGGUAUUCAUUGAAGACACAACACGAAAACCUCAUAAUGGAUGCCGCCUCACAAAGAAACGUCGCAUCUAAUUGCUAAUCUGUUGAUCAAUGUGUCCUGUUAUUUGGAAUGCGAUGAGUCCUUAGUCUUAUAUGUGUUACAGGGGAUGAAAUCCUUUUAACAGUUUAAUAAACAGUCCCUGCUAGUUUUUGGUGGCUUUCAGCUGUCUAGUGAAUUUCUUCUUAUCAAUUUAGAGAGAGCAUCUAAUGUACUAUUGACAGUAUCAGAUACGUAGCAAAUACGGCCUUGUUUUGUACAAUUGGUGUGAGAUUUUUUUUGUCGACACUCUGAAAUAGUAUGGCGGAAACUGUUGUUUGUGUCAAAAAGCUGUAUUAUCAGUAUUUGUCAUAUUUGUAGUUGGAAUUGGAA